CCAGUACCACCCUAGUGACUUAUUCAACCAGUAUCACCCCAGUGACUGAUUCAACCAGUAUCACCCUAGUGACUGAUUCAACCAGUACCACCACUGUGACUGAUUCAACCAGUACCACCCCAGUGAUUGAUUCAACCAGUAUCACCCCAUUUACUGAUUCAACCAAAAUCACCCCAGUGACUGAUUCAACCAGUAUCACCCCAGUGACUGAUUCAACCAGUACCACUACUGUGACUAAUUCAACCAGUAUCACCCCAGUGACUGAUUCAACCAGUACCACCCCAGUGACUGAUUCAACCAGUACCACCAUAGUGACUGAUUCAACCAGUACCACCCCAGUGCCUGAUUCAACCAGUACCACCCCAGUGACUGAUUCAACCAGUACAACCUUAGUGACUGAUUCAACCAGUAUCAACCCAGUGACUGAUUCAACCAGUACCCCAGUGAAUGAUAUAACCACUACCACUUUACUGACUGAUUCAACCAGUACCACUUUUGUGACUGAUUCAACCAGUACCACCUUAUUGACUGAUUUAACCAGUCCCCCAGUGACUACUCCAGCCAGUACCACCCCAAUAACUGAUUCAACCAGUCGCCCACUGACUGAUUCAACCAGUACCACCUUAGUGACUGACUCAACCAGUAUCACCUUAUUGACUGAUUUAACCAGUCCCCCAGUGACUACUGCAACCAGUACCACCCCAGUGACUGAUUCAACCAGUACCACCCAAAUGAGCUCAACCACAUCACAAAUUAGCAACACAGAAGAUCAGUGCUUCCUACUGACACAAAUGCUUAAUUGCCUUAAUAUGACAUACUUUAUAAAUACAAUUUUGACAAUGGUCAGUACAACUCCUCAUCCUUUAUACCACACACUACUGCCUGUUAGCAUGCCCAGUAGCACAAAAAGAAUAUGUGAUGACAAAGAUGAUACUAAAGAGUAUAUUGAGGAUGCUUGUGUGGCCUUGCUCAGCAAUGGCAUGUGGGAAGAAAGACUUUGCAAUAAAAAUCUUUCCUACAUCUGUUAUGAAGGUAAGACAUUGCAUUGAUAUUGUAACUGAAGCUUAAGUAUAUAUUUAUUUAUGUGUCAAUGAGAAAUAAGCAUGUCUGGGAUAACAGAAAAUCUUUUUUAAUGAUGUCAUUGGCCAUUAUACAAUCAUCAUCCUGCAGCAUGAUUACUUGGGUGCAAUAAGUUGAACUCCUAUUUUGCAUCUGUCUGUAGAGCGUUUUAUGGGGGAAAUACACAUUUCCAAUGAGACUGAAACUGGAGCUAAUCUAUCCUGGAGUCAAGCACCAGGGGACAUUACCCACUACAGAGUGGAAGUUACAGCGAACCAAAUCCCGACUUUUAAAAAGAUUUUAAAUGAGACAGACCUGUCGACACAAUUAUUGGACCUCAAAACAGGAACCCAAUAUGAUGUCCAAGUGAUCCCAGUGAAAUGUGGCAGGGAUCUCAACCCUCAGAAUAUUUCUUUUUACACCACCCCAUCUCGUGUUUAUAAUCUGAGUGUAAUGAUGGUGACGAAUGAAAGCGUCGAACUGAGGUGGGAUCACUCAGGAGGAUAUGAUUUCUAUUCAGUAAACGUGUCAGAUGUUGAUUCAGCCAGUACGUUAGUGACUGAUUCAACCAGUAUCAACCCGGUGACUGAUUCAACAAGUACCACCCCAGUGACUGAUUCAACCAGUAUCUCCCCAGUAACUGUUUCAAACAGAACAACCCCAGUGACUGUAUUUGAAAUACACAAUGCAAAAGAAAAGAACAUUUUGAUAUCGGGUCUUACACCGGCAAAAUUUUAUAAUUUCACCGUUACUGCUAUAGUCAAUGGUACUAUUGAAAGUGUGCCAGAGAGCGUUUCUACUUACACCAAGCCUUCACCUGUCCUGAAUCUAACAUCAGCAGAUGAAUAUGAUACAAUCAUAAAUGCUUCCUGGACAAAAUCUAAUGAAAACCUUUCGGGUUACCGUGUUUGUCUUUAUGAAAACAAUACAUUUUGCAGUAAUUGCAAUGAUUGCAGUGAAUUUGUUAACUGUACUAACACGACAGCUGAGUGGAUAAACUUUACAGGUAAAACACCGGACACAAAAUAUAUUCUGUGUGUGGCUGCACUAACAAACAACAACACAGUACAAGGAGAAAUGGUUCAAAUUGAUGCACAUACACGUGAGUAUGGUGUUUAGUCUUUAAAAUUUCCCUUUACGUUUUGUGG